UUUCUGCUUCUCCGCCAUCGUGGUGUGUGUUGCUGGCUCUUUCUCGCCAUGUCUUCUCAUAAGACUUUCAGGAUCAAGCGAUUCCUGGCCAAGAAACAAAAGCAGAAUCGUCCCAUUCCCCAGUGGAUUCGGAUGAAAACUGGUAACAAAAUCAGGUACAACUCCAAGAGGCGACACUGGAGAAGAACAAAGCUGGGUCUGUGAGUGAUCCUACGUGAGAUGGCAAUGGCACGCGUUUCCCCGUUUAUCAUGCCACUUGAAUCCUGUGUUCCUGAUGCGACACCUGCCCGUCACAUGCCCCAUAGCAAUAACUUAU